ACGCGGUCAUACACGAUGGUCUCUUUCGGUGCAACUCUGAUUCGUCACUUUCGGUAUAAGUCGGCAGCGGCAUUUCACAUUGCUGAGUCCGCCAUUUUAACUAAAAAAUCUAUAACCCUAGCUUCGUCGGCGUGCACUGCGAAUAGGGGUCAGUUGCAAUUCGGAAUUCAGAUUGUUCGCGAUUAUUCGAAAGCAUCCAAGAUGAGUACUUUGCCUAAGGUAUUUUUCGAUAUGACCGCCGAUGGCGAGCCCCUCGGUAGGAUAAUAAUGGAGCUGCGCUCCGACGUCGUGCCUAAGACCGCCGAGAACUUCCGCGCCUUGUGCACCGGCGAAAAGGGAUUCGGCUACAAGGGCUCUAUUUUCCACCGCGUCAUCCCCAACUUUAUGUGCCAGGGCGGCGACUUCACCAACCACAACGGCACUGGUGGCAAGUCCAUCUACGGCAACAAGUUCCCCGACGAGAACUUCCAGCUGAAGCACACUGGCUCUGGAAUCCUGUCGAUGGCCAACGCUGGCGCCAACACGAACGGAUCCCAGUUCUUUAUUUGCACCGUGAAGACAGCUUGGUUGGACAACAAGCACGUCGUCUUCGGCGAGGUCGUUGAGGGCCUGGAUGUGGUCAAAAAGAUCGAAUCUUACGGCUCGCAGUCCGGCAAGACCUCUAAGAAGAUCAUGGUUGCUAAUUCUGGUUCUCUUUAAGAAUGCAGACAAAGCAAGAUUACAAGAAGAAAAAUCUGUUAAGACGAAAACCAUUUGCAUUUUCUCCCUACAUUUUUUUUUACCAACUACUGUAAUAUUACGAAAUACAAUACAACAUAUUUUCAAUAGACAUGUUUAACUAUUCCCAUUGGGUUUCUGGCCAUUAAAUUGUAUAUGGGGGCCAAAAUUCAAUAUAAAUAGAGCCUCGUUAUGUCAGUUAGUAAGUUUCGAGAUUACAUGCAUGAAAACACUGUCUAAAUUGUCUAUGUUACUUUCGAUCGGAUAGUAAAGAUCGCAAAGCAGGCUAUGUCUAUGGCUUAAACAUAUAACUUUCACAUUUCCAUUGAAAAAAAAAGCGAGACACGUGCGCAUAAACGAGGGGCUUAGCAAAAUGUUUGAUGUUAAUAUCGGCAUGCAAAACUAACGCUAUAUAUACCAACGUUCUACGAUAUGUACCGGAAUCGGAAUUGUAUUUUCGUCUUAAUAAAGGUCAAUAAACGGCACCCAACUACUGA